AUGGCUGUGAUAGCUGUGAUGGCUGUGAUGGCUGUGAUGGCUGUGAUGGCUGUGAUGGCUGUGAUGGCUGUGCUGGCUGUGAUGGCUGACUUGGAUAUGGCUGUGAUGAAUCGAUCCAUUGCUGAACACAUUGCUGAACGCAUUGCUGAACAUAUUGCUGAACACUCCGUUGAAAAACUUGAAGGCGGAAAUGUUGAGAUUGGAUCGACCGUUCCUGGACUGAACUGGUUGGACCGACGGUUUCUGAAU